AUGAAUUGUACCGAUGUGCAGAAGGUACAGUUUGGCACUCACAUGCUAGAGAAGGAAGCUGAGGAUUGGUGGCAUAGCACUGUGCAAACAUUUGAGGAGGAAGGCAUGGAAGUUACUUGGGCUCUUUUCCGUGAUGCCUUUCUGGAUAACUAUUUUCCGGAAGAUGUGCGUGGAAAGAAAGAAGUGGAAUUUUUGGAAUUGAAACAAGGUAAUGGUACUUUAGCUGAGUAUGCUGCAAGAUUCCAAGAGUUGAUCAAGUAUUGUCCUUAUUACAAUACUAUGAAUGCUGAGAGGUCUAAGUGUUUGGCGUUUGUGGAUGGGUUGAGACCUGAUAUCAAGAAGGCUGUUGGAUAUCAGCAGAUUACUCGUUUUGCUAGGUUGGUCAAUAAGAGUGGGAUCUAUGAUGAAGAUAGUAGGGAGAGUAGUUCCUACUACAAGUCUUUGAAUGAUAAGAAAGGUAAGGGGCAAUUCAGUGGGAAGCCAUAUGAUGACAAGAAAAACAAUAUGGUUGAAGUGACAUGUUUCAAGUGUGGCAAGGUGGGUCACAAGGCUAAUAGGUGCGGAUUUGGUUCGGGUGUGACUUGA